AUGUUUCUCAAUAUCUGGAAGCAAAACGUAAAAGAAAAUAACUUAAAACAUCGCGGUAAGCUACAUCAGCCGCAACGUUUUCACUCCAAAGUACUAAAUCCGGGUUAUCGCGAGAACGUGGGUCAGAGGUUGAGGCUGGCCAUUGUGGACACCUUUUGGGAGUACACACUGACGACUAAAGUUAGUGGUAUUUGGCUGCUAAGACAAGACAGAACUCAUGGCAUUUCUAGAAAAAUACCCGCCAAUGUUGAUCCCCACGACGUUGCAAAUGGCUUGGAGUAUAUUAACGCUUUCACAGAUCAAAAUUGGAAGGCUCCUGCUCAAGAAAGUUUCAAAAUUGCCGAUGAAGUGUUGCGUCUGAACAAUAUAAGUAUUUAUGAGGCUGCCAAGGCAGUCAGCGGUAGUUGUAAUGAUUUUGUUAAACGUUGCUACUGGGGGCCUUGUUGUUCGUUCAAUUACAAUCCGAAGAAUCUCUCGUACGUACCAUUUUCAUCCAAUAUAUUCGGAAUAGAUGGUGGCUUAACCAUAGUCGGGGUCGAAGGCUCGGAACGUAACCUUUCGACUGGUUUAAUUGUACUUGCACACCACCCCAUGGACUAUGUGACGGAGGCAACUUCUUCGGUGACAAUUACUUCGAAUUCAGAGAGCUUUGUUGAAAUUUCACCAACCGUACAGAGUUCUGCAACGGAAGUGCUUGAGCUAUCGCAGGGCAAGAGAGAUUGUCUAAUAUCUGACGACCUCGAGUUGCACAGCUAUCGGCAAGCAGCUUGCUCCCUCGCUUGCCGUACAGAAGCCAUCAUGAAGAAAUGUCAAUGUGUACCCUAUCAUAUACCGAAUGCCAAAGCCGAUUAUCGGGAAUGCAAAUUGAAUGAUAGUACAUGCUAUUCCCAAAAUUAUGAUGCCUUUAAAAGUGUAAAAUGUGAGAGUUGCUUACCAAAUUGUUAUGACGUCACCUAUUCAACUUUGGCCUACAAAACUGAUCUCAAUCUACACAAUUGCUCUGUUAGCACACAUUAUAGGAACACUUUUGAUACCCAGGAUAUUUUUAUCGUACGAGCCUACUUGAGUAAACAGACUGUGCCAGCAAUACGUAAAGUCGUGGUUAUGUCGUGGAUCGGCUUGUUAUCCGACUUGGGUGGUGUGUUCAAUUUGUGCCUAGGGAUCAGCAUGGUAUCACUAAUUGAGUUUGGCUACUAUUGCACACAUCGUUUAUAUGUGAAUUAUAAUGCCCGAUCCAUAUUGCUUCAGCCUGUCAACACGAGUAAUUUUCGGAAGUAAUAGUUAUUACUUGCAGUUUAAAUGCAUACAUUUUUUGGCGCGACACUUUAACGGUUAUUAGUAGAUGUCAGCAGCCUUACGGAUUGGAUAUUAAAGUAGAUAACAACUAUAAUUUUCUCUAACUAUAUUGAUUAACUAA